AUGCAUUUCAAGGCGACCCUGUUGGCCCCGGUAGCGUUGGCGGCGGUUGUAGGGGCUAGCAAGAAUGCACGAGAUGUCGAGCCAUGUGCGCAGAUCUCCAAGUUGGUGGCAGAUGCCAAUGAUCAUCAGAUCAGCGCUAAAGUGCCCCAUGACUUGGCACAUCAAUGCUUGAUGUCUAUGCCAUUCGAGUCGAGUCGGGCAGUGACGUUCUUGAAUCAAGUCCGAAAGUAUCUAGAGUUCCACUCGACUGUGGACAUUCUCAAGAAUCCUCCCUCUGGUUAUAUGAUGCCAUCUACCGAUCUCCUGGGAGGGAUCGAUUCGAUCUUGGAAAAAGUCAAUAACAAGGGGUACUCCAGCCAAUUCGAAAUGGACCUGGAAGUCUCCAAUCUCAUCAAAUCAGCACACGAUGGUCACUUGGUCUUCCAAUUAUGCUCACAGUCAAUAUUUAACUAUGUGAUCGACAUGCCUCUCGUUUCUAUCUCAACAGAUGGUCUCGAACUACCGGAGGUCUACACAUUGAGCGAUGCAAAACUCCAGCAGAGCGGUACAAAGAACGUGUCUCCCCUUGUAUCGAUCAACGGCACCGAUGCGGCCGAGUUCCUUGUUUCAUAUGCGUCUCGUCAAAGUCUUCAGGAUCGCGAUGCCCAGUACAACCGAAUUUUUCCAGCUCUAGCUCGCACCGUCACUGGAACUUCCAUUGAUGAGAACGGCAUCUGGGCCAGCACUGCCGACUGGAGUGAUGGCUCCGAGGUAACUCUCAAGUACGGUAAUGGGACUACUCAGACCGUGGAAAAGAAUGUCGUUCCUAAAGAAAGAUAUUUCUCCUACACCAACGGCACCCGUCUAUACAAUGUCAACUGCAUUCCCCGAGGCCUCCCUACCGCCGAAUCUUCUUCGUCGACAGCUGAAGAGGCUUCCUCUCUGCCUGGACUUCCAGAUACACAGUGGCGCAACCCUGCCAAUUCCAUUGCCGGUUAUUUCUCGAAUCUUACCGGCCUCGAGGACACUGGGAUUAUCUUCCUGCCCACUUUCUCCUCCAAUCCGCAGCAGGCGGCUCAAGUGGCGAUAGAUUUCCUACACAACGCCACUGCCACGGGAAAGAAGAACAUCCUGAUCGAUGUUGCAGCAAAUCCGGGUGGAUACUUGUCGAUUGGAAUCGAUCUCUCCCGGAUUUUCUUCCCAGAUGCUUUUCCGUAUACCGCGACGCGAUAUCGAGCGCAUGAUGCAUCCAAGUACCUCACCAAAGCAUUUUCACGCUCCACAACCCAGGACUCAAGCAAUACCUUUGCGUACAAGGAGAUGGUUGCUCCAGACCAGAAGACUGACUUUGGCUCCUGGAAAGACCUUUAUGGACCAAAUGAGGUCCUAGGAAGCCCUUCAUCAAGCUUGCUCUCCAACUUCAACUACACUUCCACUUCCAGUCAAAACUAUCCAAUAAACGGAUAUGGGCCUAUUCCGUUGAAUCCCGAUAAAUCACUAUUCUCCGCUGAUAACAUUGCCAUCGUGAGUGCUGUAAUAAUGGUGCCCCCAUCUACGAAUGAGAGACUAACAGCUGAACAUCAGAUUACCGACGGAGACUGCGGUUCAACCUGCGCCUUCUUCGUCAAGCUCAUGAAGCGCCAAGGUGUACGCACCAUCACAUUCGGCGGCCGUCCCACCGAAUCCGCAAUGCAAGGAGUCGGCGGUGUAAAGGGUGGCCAAUCCCUCGGAGUCAACUACAUCAACGGCUACAUCCAGCAAGCCAACCAGCUAAUCCAAAACUCAACGGGCAGUUCCUCUCCUCUCCUGACACAGGAGGAAUGGAAGAAAUUCAACGAUUCGUGUCCCGGCACGGCCACCUCGUUUUCUUGGAGUGGAAACGUCAAUCUACGGAAUGAGUAUGAUCCGGACGAUGAUCAGACGCCACUGCAGUUUGUGUAUGAAGCGGCGGAAUGUCGGCGCUUUUAUACGAUUGAUAACUAUCUACAACGGGAGACUGUGUGGCAAGAUGCUGCCAAGUCCAUGUUUGGUGAUGGGGGUUGUGUGAAGGGUUCGACUAAUGGUAAGGGUAGCUUGGGUGCCUGA